CGCACGUGAAGCAGUGAAAGUGCUCAACGCGCAGGCGCGUGACUAGUAAACCAUGGCGGAUUCAGGAAGCGAAGAUCUAGCGGUGAUUGAAAACACAGAUAUGACUCCGUCGGAGUCGGAAAACAACCUGAGGAACACGAUGGUUGAGAAAGGCACAAGUCUUCUGAAGAAGAUGGAGAUCAGUGUGGCUGAGGCAGAGAAGAGGACAGGGAAAAAUACUGUCAACAUGCAGGAGACUUAUACGGUGUAUCUUAUAGAGACCAGGCCAGUUGAUGCUGCAUCGGAGGGGAACAAUUCUGUUCCAGAUUCUCUUUGGAGGCGCUACAGUGAAUUUGAGCUCCUAAGAAAUUAUUUGUUAGUCACCUAUCCAUUUGUGGUGGUUCCGCCUUUGCCUGAGAAGCGGGCUGAAUUUGUUUGGCACAAGCUAUCAGCGGACAACAUGGAUCCGGAUUUUGUGGAAAGGCGUAGAGUCGGCUUGGAGAACUUCCUGCUUCGAGUGGCCUCGCAUCCGGUUCUGUCUAAUGACAAGAUCUUCUAUUCGUUCCUUACUGAGGAAAAUGGUUGGAAGGAAACCGUGUUUGAAACAGGAUUUCAGGCAAAGGCCGAUUCAAGAUUAAAGGCUUUAAACGCUAUAUUCAGAGUGAAGAACCCAGACAAGCGAUUUGCAGAAAUGAAACACUAUGGAGAUGAGCUACAGUCUGUUAUUUCUCAGCUGCUGAGAGUCCGGGCGAGAGCAGCUGAUCGCCUGUAUGGAGUCUACAAAGUGCAUGGAAAUUAUGGAAGAGUCUUCAGCGAGUGGAGUGGAAUUGAGAAAGAGAUGGGAGAUGGACUACAGAGCGCCGGCCAUCACAUGGACGCGUAUGCCGCGUCCGUCGAUGAUAUUUUAGAGGAAGAGGAGCAUUAUGCUGACCAACUGAAGGAGUAUCUGUUCUACGCUGACGCACUAAGGGCAGUAUGUAGGAAGCAUGAACUGAUACAGUAUGAGAUGGAGAUGGCCGCCCAGGAUUUGAUCUCAAAGAAACAACAGCGGGAGGAACUUGUCACCGGGACGGUACGAACCUUUUCUCUGAAGGGGAUGACGAGUAAGCUGUUUGGACAGGAGACCCCAGAGCAGAGAGAGGCCAAGCUGAAAAUGCUGGAGACACAGAUUGAAGAAGGAGAGGACCUGGUUAAAGACAAAAAUACAGAAUGCGAAGAGUUUGUGAAGAGUGCAUGGGUGGACAUUGACCGGUUUAAAGAACAGAAAGAUCAUGAUCUCAGAGAGGCUCUCAUCAGCUACGCCAUCAUGCAGAUCAGCAUGUGCAAAAAGGGAAUUCAAGUAUGGAACAAUGCUAAAGAGUGCUUUAGUAAGAUGUGAAGGUCUAGUCACAAUAGCACAGAAGGACUUGGACACAUCAAUUUAAAGAAGCACAGAGACUGACCUGGAGGACUAAUGUCUUCCUCUCAAAUCCAUACUCUUAAUCUCUUGACCUACAAGUUCUGGUGUCAAAAGGUAUCCAGUAAUAUUGACGUACACUAUAUUCAAAGUCCAAACAAUGAAUGAAUGGGGUGCUUUAUAUUUAUUUCCAUUUACGUUCUGCAGCCGGACUACGACCUGGUUGUGUUUGUGACUGCAUUAUUUUAAGUUUAUAAAGCGUAAUGGACAAUUUUUGACACUUCUAACAGAAACAAAAGCAGGACUUCAUUGUGGGUACUCUUAUACUAUGGAAUCAUUUCUGUACAAUUUAAUGUUGCAUUCUUUUAUGCUUUCGAUGCCAAUGUUUGUGCUAAAACCUUUCCUUUUUAUACUGUCACUUAUUUUUUUACUACUUGGGUUUACUAAGUUGUCCUUCACACAUCAAGCCAAAAUGUGAGACAAAAACAUUUCACAGUGUACCCAGCAGUUUCUUUAUCAUACUCCGAUCCCUCACCCUAGUGGUCUUGCACAUCUGGAAUGUGUCCAGUUUCUGUGGACCAUGUAAAAUGAUCUUUAUCAUCCGCACAGAAGACAACAAGAGACAUGAAAGUAACUGGCCUUAUUCACAGUCAUUUUGCGAUAAUAGUCGAACCGCAAAUAAAAUCUCAUAAUUGGUGUUUAUGAUAACAUACUGCUUUGUUACUUUUCUGCACAACAUGUAUAAAAACAUGAGGUGUUUAUAACCACUGACCCCCUCUCCCUUUUUAUGGUUCUGUAUAGUUUGUGUCUGUUUAUGCCUUAUCCAAAACCCAACUCUACAUAUUUUCUCUGUUGCCAUUGCCUUUCACUAUGAAUGCCAUAUUUGUCACUUGUGACGAGCGGGUGGGUCGAUGUUUUGAUAUAAAUCUAGCUGAAGGAACUGGAAGGUCACACGGGAAAGACAGGAUAUAAUAAUUUCCUCAUUUUAGUACUGCAUGCAUGUUUAACUCAGAUUGACCCCUGGUCAUUUGGUUCAUUUUGUGAUAGAAAUAUUUGUAUAUACUGUUAAAAUCAUUCUUGUAUAACACUAAUGGUGAUUAAAAAAAUUACAUCAUU